AUGGGAUGGGCCCUGAAGCAGAGUCGUUAUCGCAAUAUUCGUUUCACUGAUAAGCAAAAGGACUAUUUGAUAGCCAAGUUUCAAACUGGAGAACAAACGGGACAAAAGUCAGAUGCUGCAAGUGGCAAGGUUAAUGAGGUCUGAGAAAGACAAAAACGGCGAGCAGCUAUUUGACUACUCUGAGUUCCUUACAAGCAGGCAAAUUUCUAGUUUUUUUUCUCGUCUGGCCUCAAAGCGAAGUCUCAACCACCAAGAGGUCAACCAGAGCGAUGACGAUGAGUAA